AUGAUUGAACUUCAAGUGGUUUCAUUAAGUCACAGCGGGGGUUGAGAGAGCAAUGUUUCUUCCCAGUAUGUCCACUGUAAAAAGUAAUGGUACGACCUCCGAUGAUCGUUUGUCUGUUCAGAACAAUCAAAAACACUUGCUGAAACCCACUCAGAGAGACGAGGAAGAAUUAGAAGUUUUGGAAAAUGGUGUCCCUGCAACUCCAUCUUUGCGAAGCAGUGUUUGCUCAGAAAUUGUGCGGAUUGAACAGAUGGCGGAGGAAGAUAAGAAGAAUGUUGGAAGAUUUGUAAGGAGGCUCCAGGUGGUCAAACAAUGGGCUUCUGGGAAAAGGCAGCUUAAACAGCCAGAUCGUCCAGAUUCUUUCCUAGAAAAAUUUGCUAUGGGUCAGAUGACCAUUGGUCAAGAAGAAGAAAACAGCACAUUCUGGUGUAGAAG